AGGCUGUCCACAGAGCAUGCACAUCAUGCAUCAUCGUGCACAUGCGCUGCCCGCAGAGUCGGCGCAGACUGCAGCGGCGCAGCCUGACCUGUUUCCUAUGUAACAGUACGGUACCUACCUAGGUAUUUCUUUUGUUUGCUGGGUAGUGAGGCCGCAUUCUCGGCUUUGAGAGUUGGUAGGUACCUACCUGCUGGUGCCAGCAGCAGCUGGACAUCCCAGGCCCAGGCAGCGAGCGGUGGACCAAAAGCAUCACCAAAUUUGGCAGGCCGCGCUGCAUGGACCAGGAGCACUGGAUUUAUCUGGGCAUUGAGCCAACGGCAACCCCGUAGAUAAACCAUGUGGAAAUAUCUGGGCUAAGCAUUCUCUGGAUUGGUGUCACCGUUUUGUGUUUAGGAGCUUUCAGCAACGUCAAUACCUAUUCUCCUUUUCUUACUGCCCAACCACACCCCAACUGCCUGCAAUAGGCGGCUUGAAACAAGUUUAUCAAGGCCCCUAUCUGAGCAUAACGAGAAUGUCUGCCGAUCACAACGCUGAAGGACAAGUCAUCAAACGCCUGAGUUUUGGGGACAUGUCCUCGCACCAGUUGCUCCAAGGAGAGGAGGCGACCUGUCAGAGACAUGAUCUUAGGGACCAUGACAGACCUGAUCCGGAUGCUGAAAAUGAUGAGAAUACUUUUGAAGAAGCUCGGAGGGGACCAGCAAUGCAAUUCAAAUCAUUGAGGGACAAACAAGCAGAUUACCACAGGGCUUUGGAGGAGAUUCGCCCAACAAGUUGUCGCUUCAAUGCUCUCGAAGAAGCUGCCCGGGCAGAAUACAGAGAGACAGGUCCUGGAAAGCUGGCUAGCCUCAAGGACCAGUUCUCAAAAUACAAAUUUGAAUACGUGGAGCUGGAAACCAAAGAGCACUUUGUCAGGGCAAUUGCUGAAGAAGGGGACAGGGUGCUUGCGGGCGAAGAGGUCAAGGGUUCAUUUCUUCUGGAGGGGGUUGUUGGCAAUCAGAAAGCCAAGGUGCAAGAGCUCAAGAGGCAGAAGGAACAGACUGGCCUAGCCAUCAACAACAUCAUCGAUCAGAUCGCCGCAGAGAUGAGUGAGCUGGAGAAGGAGCAGCAUGUGGUAGCAGCGGAACUUGAAGCCUGUGAAGAUGCGUUGCAAUCUUGGGAGCGGACACAGGACGCCUUGGCAGCGGCUGAGAGCGGAGAAAACAAGGAGGAUCUGGAGGAUCUUCACGCUCAGCAGGAGGUUCAAAUACGAACACUUGCAGAGCAGGAGUUGGCUGCCAAGCAAGCAGGGGCGCAAAACAAAGAGGAUGCUGACCAAUUGGCAGAAGAGAUUGCAGCGCUCCAAGGAAGGUUACAAGAAGCCCAGGCAGAGAGCCUGAGGCUAGAGCAAGCUGCUGAACAGGUUGGGAGAGUCAGCAGGAGCACGGAAGUGUACGAGGAGAUGCUGAAGCUUCUGCACGGCCUGGCGGGCAUUUCUUUGACUGCUUUCACGGACCGCCAGCUGCACUUCCUGAUGACUACCCACAUCACGGCGCCGAGCAGCCGGACUGGCAAGCUCAAGCACGUGCCAGUCGAGCACGACCUCGUGGUGGCCCUGCAUCCGGACACGUCCGAGAUUGAGGAUGCGAUGCUCUCUCCUGCUGACGUGGACAUCUCCGACAUUGUGGCCACUGUGCGGGGCACGCAGCGGUUGGACGCCCUGGUGCGCGAGCUGCGCCAGAGGGCGAGCUGCUACGCCGUGCGGAAGGAUCAGGUCGGACGGGCCACGAGAACCACCAAGUACAAAAUGCGGACGGACGACACCACCAUGAUCCAGGUUGCCCUUCCUGCUACCAAUGUUGUCGCAAACGUCGACGCCCCUUAUGAUUGGCCAAGCCCCGGUGUGCCGCUGAGGUUGGAGUCGCUGCUAACUCGCAAGGGAAGCCCCGCCUUUCAAGACGAAGUCCUCGAGAUGGUUCAGGAUCGGAUUAAGAACUCCGUGGCAGCACAGGAAGGGGACCUCAUCUCUUUCGUGCAGAGUAUUGAGCUCGAACUUCAGAAACUUGAGCUCGUUUGAAGCGCGUGCGAGAUACUCCAGAUUUACGUCCCUACCCGUCAAGUCACGAUAUCUCCCGGUUCUGUUGUGUACGAAAUAACCAAUGGACAGACUGCCUGGUGCAUUUGAACUGGUGCCCACGUUCGUAUGCUAACUCCGCU